GAAAGAGAGAGAGAAGGAAGCUUUGCUGAAUGGGGAAAACAGAGGAAUGGCUCAGUUUUAGGAGGGUACCACUUGCUCAAAAUCAGCAUUUCUGCUACCGAUUUGUUUUCCCUUCUUGACUUCCAGAGCCAUAUUUUCUCUUGACAAUGAUGAUUUCAACUUUCCAACAUUACUGAUAGAUGCACUGAAUUUAGAACACAUUUCAACUCAGAAGAGAUGUUGGAUGUUUCCUAAUCAGUUCUUCGUGGGUCAAAGAUGGGGAUUCAAAGAAAAUCUCUUAAACAGCAAAAGACAUGCAUCUAAGACUGAGUAUGGGCAAAACAAUACAAGCAGAAUCUUUAAGGUCAACACUCAGAUUAGCCAUGAAAAUGGAGUAAAUUGCAUUCAUCUGCCAAGAUAUUUAGGCGUGACUCAGUGGUCCUGGGAUCAUAACACCCCACAGUACUUAUCUUCAGAGAUUAACUUGAAACAGACUUUCCCAUCAGUGCUUGGUCUCUUUAAUCUGCAUUGCAUUCCAACGUGCCCUUCACCUCCCAUCAUGCCAACCUUACCAGAAGAUGUCAGACAGCCAACUGAGACACAGCAUGCAAAUUUGCCUUCUCUUGUCAAAGACUCCUCUGCUGAUGCAGCUACAUGCAACACACCUUCAAUAAUUCUUCCAGAGUGUGCCGUUAGACCAGUUACAGACAGAGAGACAAAUGUAGCUCUCAGGUCUGUUAGCCCUCAUCUGCGGCAUUCUAACAGAAAUGCUAGAAAAUCAGCAAGCUCUUUGACUUCUGUAGAUAAUGAAGGUCAUGUAAUUGACCUCCUAAAUGACCAACUGCCGGAUAUACAAAUAUCUGAUGAAGAUAAAAAGAAGAACAUCGAACUAUUAGAAGAAGCAAAGAAGGUGAGUGAGAGGUUCCUCACACGUAGAGGAAGAAAAUCAAGAAGCAGCCUUUCGGAAUCACCCACAGCUUUAUCCCCAUCACUAAGCCCCAGUGUUUCACCUGCAUUGUCUCGGAGCAACUCGUUGACUCUUCCAAAUCCAACAGAUUCUGAUAUAUGCACGUCCAUUGUUGAAUCAGUGCCUCCAUUGCAGAAUCCCACAAAAGGAAUAUCUAAUCGAAAGGAGAAUGAUCAGAGAAAAGCUUCUCAGGGAAGAGUGGUUCCUCACACAGCUGGUUUGGAAAGUCCAAAGGAGAAGCUGUCUGAACAAAAGGAGAACUUUGACCCACAUAAACACAUGGAUGAUCUGUCCCAAUUCUGCACUUCAGAUUCUAACACUGGGAAAAUAUCUCUAAGUAGCAGCAAGAACUUCUGUGAAAAUGAAUUAGGGAAAGAAUUCCCUAAAAAAAAUAAAGGAAAUGACUCUCCAUUCAAAGGUCAUUUACAUGGGCCAGGAAUAAUUGCCCUGGGCACAAAGUUAAAGGGCUCAGCACCACUUCUGAAGGAUUCCAAAGUUUCUUGCAAAACUGAACUUCAUACAUCUAGUAAUCGCUCUCCUCUGCUCCGAGCUAUGUCAUGGGAUCAUGCAGAACCAUGUGAUAUAGAAAAAGCACCUUUCAGACCAUCUGAAGAUACUAAAAACUGUGCUACGAGUAAUCAGUCUGAUAAUAUACCAACUAAGGUUCCACCGUUCAAAGACCUUCAGAUACAAGUUCAGCCAGUUCGAAUGCAGAAACUGACAAAGCUCAGAGAGGAGCACAUAUUGAUGCGAAAUCAAAAUUUAGUUGGACUUAAACUUCCUGAUCUCAGUGAAGCUGCUGAACAGGAAAGAGGGUCUUCACCAAUUCCUUUCUCAAUGGAGGAGGAGGAGUCAAAGAAUAGAUGUGACGUCAUGCCCAACGUUCCUGACACUCUUUUACGAAAACUUCGUGUACAUACACCACUUUCAGGAAGUUCUCCUCCACUUACUGAAAGAGAGGUUGAGAAUGUAUUUGUACAACUUUCAUUGGCGUUCAGAAAUGAUAGCUAUACUUUGGAAUCAAGAAUUAACCAGGCUGAAAGGGAGAGAAAUCUUGCUGAAGAAAAUACAGAGAAGGAAUUAGACAACUUUAAAGGAGCAGUUACGUCUUCAGCUUCCUUGUGGCAUCACUCUGAACACAGAGAUAUGUACCAGAAGUUGUUGGAAGACAUUGCUGUGCUUCAUCGUUUGGCUUCAAGACUGUCCAGUCGGGCUGAAAUGGUUGGAGCUGUUCGUCAGGAGAAACGUAUGUCAAAGGCCACUGAAGUUAUGAUGCAGUAUGUAGAGAAUUUAAAGAGAACAUAUGAAAAGGAUCAUGCUGAGCUCAUGGAGUAUAAGAAACUUGCUAAUCAGAAUUCUAGCAGAAGCUAUGGUUCUCCAGAUGAUGGUGUGCCCCGUACAUCUAGAUCCAUGUCUCUUUCUAUUGGAAAGAUGCCUCGAAGGAGAGUCAGUGUUGCUGUUGUUUCAAAAUUUGAGCUUCCAGGCCAGUCACCUAGCCAAUCUCCCGUACCUUUGGUGUCAUCUUCCCUGUCUGAAUCAUCAAAUGGAAGAAGCAAUCUGACAUCAACUCCAGGCUUACCUGUAGUUAUAGAGAAUGGAAAACCAAAUAGUGACCUGGAUUGUGAACACCCUCCUUCAGCAUCAGCAGUAGGUGGCCUGGAAGAGAUCAGCCCAGAGGCAAAAGCCAAGAUAGAAGAGGAGGCUUACAACAAAGGCUAUCAAGAAGGCCUAAAGAAAACCAAGGAAAGUGAAGAGCUGAAAGAGGACAAUGAAGAGAAAAUGCCUGAAAAGCCCAAGGGAUUUUUGGCCAUGGAAACUGAUGAUAAGAUUAGCAAGCCACAGAGCAAACUUGAAGUUGUUAUCCAUUAUGUACAGAUACUGUAUCCCAAACUGCAUAAACACUGGAAUGUGCUCUGGAUUGUAGCAGCCAUUAUUAUAAUUUUUGCAAUAGUGCUGGGGACCUCCAGUUUAUACAAUUACUUCUUCUCCUAUACGGAGGGGUCAGAUGGACCCCAAGUGAAACCUGCCUGUUCUGCUGCCCAUCAGUAUUCUUGGGGGAAUUCAGGACUACAACAUGACCAGUGCACAGAGUAACAAAAUCAUGCCUGGGGGAAAAAGCCAUUGAUGAGACACCAGGAAGCACCUAUUUUGAAACUUGAGAUGAACAAAGCAGAGUACUGUCACUCCCGUGGUGGUUAAAUGUAGUCAUUAACCCACUGCUUCAUUUCUUUUCUGUCAUCAGUUUUGUGAAUGCAUUGUGAUUUUUAAUUAACCAGACGCACCAGCCAAUAAAUCUGUUUUCUCUGUUAUGGUAAUUGUUAUUUGAAUGAUGUGCCUGAGUAGCAGAAUAAUUAUAUGGGAAAUACAAAGAUAGCAGUUGAUCAAAAACUGGGAUAGAGAAGUUCCUCAGUGGAAUAUAAAUUCCAGUCCUUCUAAAGAAUGUCACAACAGCCUUCCUGCUAUAUAAAUGUCAGCAUUAAUUCUUCCUAUACAUUUCAGUUUGGCACUGUUCAAUAACAUCUUAGAGAUCUGCAUUUGACUUCACAAUUAUAGGGAUGAACUAAUGGUAAAACUGCAAAAUACUGAUACGUUGGUUACGAGCAGAUUCCAUACUUAUGAGACAAGUCCCUUGCUACCCUCACCACAAAAAUAGGUGAAAUAUAGACUGGAAGCAUGUGUUUUUGUUAUUCUUUUUUUAAGAUGAAACCUUACAAGAACUACAUACAUAAAGUUCUACCAUGUUCCAGUAAGAUGAAAUAGUGUCGUAGCAAUGGUUAGGUUCACAGAUCAUACUAAGCCAUAUUUAUUUUAUUAUACUUUAUUGAAUAAACCACAGUCAGCAGGAUUUGCACACUUCUGCCCCAAAGUGAUUUACUAACCAAGUCACUUUUUGGUUAGUACUAAUGUGAAAGAGUUCUGCUGUUGAGGUGUGAACAGCAUUUUCAAACAUAAUAAUCACGUAUACUAACUUAGCAUACACGAUAUGCUAAGAUGAAAACAAAUCAAAUUUUGCUUAGAGCAUUUGUGAACCCAGUCAAUAUGUUGCACGUAUCACAGUUUGUAGAACAAUUGCCUUAUAAGUACAGCAACCUUGAAGAACUAUAUUUCACAUGAAGUGUGAGGGUGAGCAAGGCAAGGAUCUGUGAGCUUUAAAUGACAAAUUGGAACACUCUUACAAGGUACUAAUCAAUUGAAUAAAGUACUUAAUAUUUCCUCCCCCAUUUUUGUUCCUUCAGAACAGCAAAGUAGCAGCUAAGAUCUUAAACCCAAACUAAAGUAGCUUAAGAAAGUGUUUUUCAGGAAGAAUGUGAAAAUUUGCAUAAUCUUCAUUCUCUUUCUCCUGGUGAACCUCUGUUUAUCCAAGGUCUUUUUCCCACAAAAAACUAGGCCAUGAUUUGAUUUGGCUUUGGCUUAGUAUGAUCAAUGAGCCCGCCUAUUAUGGCUUAUCAUUAUAUACACAUCAGGCUGACGUUUGUUUCUGAUUUUUUAAAAAUCAUGAUUAUUAUGUAUGAAAAUGCUGUUAACACCCCAACAGCAGAACUCUUUCACAUUCUGUAAUGAACAUAUACAAUUAAAACUAAAUGUUUGGAAUGAAAGAAAGCCUCCUAGUAAGUUGGCAGAAGAUGCUGUGCGGUAUAUGCCUUCUGCUCCUUGGAAUCAGAAUAGAGGGUUUUUGUUCUUGAAGAUAUAAAUAGAUUUCCUGACACAAUUCAAGUUAGGAGAUAACAAACUGCAAGCAUAAGCUCACAUAAAUAAAAGUCAACCGGAUAGCAGGAUUUGCUUCCAAAUAGAACUGCUUAAGAUCAGGGUGAAAGAAUGGCUGCGGUUCAGGCAUUCCUUUCUGGUUCAUUUCAGCUACCGGAAUGCAAACAGCCCCCAGAAUAUAUUUUUACUAUUCAUAAAGUUAUUUCUUGGCAAAAGCAUGAUGUAUGCUGAGAUCACACUAGAUUAGCCUUUCUCCCAAUUUUAUUUGGCAUUCUUGGGUGUUUGAAAGGGACUAUCUGACAAACACAGGAUAUGAACUUUUCCUUGAAGUGUAUGUGUAAGUGAGGUUCUGUUCUACCUCAGGAUGAGUGACCUGUGGUCCAAGGCUAGUAUGCAGCUUGCAAUCCCCAGAAUCCCCCAGAUGGUGCCACCAAUCCAGAAUGAAAAAACAGGCAAGUUCUAGCAGCAUUGCCGGGGGGGGGGGGCUUUGUUUUGCCCCCAAAGCUGCUUAAUGGGUAUGUCAAACCUCUAUAAGGCUUAAAGUACUUAUUUUGUACCUUCAAAUUUUCCAAAUUUGGAAAAACAGAUAAUUGGACAGAAAACAUUUGGCCCUGUCACCCACAAUAUCAUCAGAAUGUUCCUGCAGCCUUCAGGCUGAAGCACAUCACAAAGUGCAGAUUCUAUUUGGGAAAAAAGUCCCCCGCUCUGUUCUGUGCCUUGAGAAGCACAAUGACACAGAGCCUAUGGUGAAAUUUUGCCCCAGGUUACUGGUCAGCUGUCUUUCAAUAUAACAAGCAGGAAAUAGAUGUGAAAUUGUUUGAAAUAGAAGCUUUUCCCAGGGAUAAUUUGCAUGUUUUAUGUUAAGUAGUUUUGAGUAAUAAGUGAAGUGGCUCCCGCUGAUGCUCAACACAACCGUGUGUAUAUUUUUAGCAUUGCAUAAAUCUCUAAAUGGCUCUGGGUGGAUGAAAUAAUGGUAUUGAGCAUGUUCAGUAAGGCUAGUGAGAAUGUGUAUCAUUUGCUGUCAAACUGGAAGGGGGAAAGAAAGAGUCUAAGGAAUCAAAUCAACGGUUGCCUUUUGAAUCAAGUAACUUCACAAUAAGUAGCUACAAGACAGUUUUCAUUCUAGUGUAAGAAAAAAAGGUAUUGAAAUGCUUCAUACACAAAAUGUUAAGCAUACUUACUCUUAUAUUCAACCAAGAAAUUAGGAAUUAAUGGGCUAAUAAAAAACUCAAAGCAAUGGUGAACAAUUAAUUCAUCCUAGAGAGUGGAAUAUUAUAUUCAAGAUGAAUUAAUGACUUUGCAAAACAAAGUACUGAGAUAAAUAGUUCUUUUUAUCCAGACCAUUACUUUUUCAUAAAUAGGAUUUGAAGUCACCUAUAAUUAUAAUGUUUAAUAAUGGCUCAUUAAUGGUUAUUGGCAGCUUGAAAAAGAAAUCAAUAACCAUUUUUUCUGAAAAAUAAUUUUUAAAAACCAGAGCCUUUGUUUCGUCACAGUAUCAUAACAUAGACAUUUGUAUAUUUUCAAAUUCAUAGGAUUUAUACACCUACUGAGAGUAGAUCAUCUUACUCCAUUUGCCAGGUGCUGUUUCAAGGUCUGGUUGGUUGGAUUUUUUUUUCCUGAAGUGCAAUAUUUAUUUAUUUGGCUUUAACAAGACACAUUUGUUUCUUGUGCACAGCACUGAUGUUUUUAAGUAGGAGGAAUUCAAGAGUCACUAUCUGUUGUUUAAAUCCUGUAAGACUUUGCACAGGUGUGCUAGUAUUGUACUGUAUAGCAUCACAUACUUGAGAUUUGGAAAUAAAAAUAUUGUU